UUCAAACAUUAAUUUAAUAAAACAUACAGAAUUUUGAGAGUUAUAGUGAAAUUAUACAAUGAAAUUGUUAUACCAAUUAUUAUUUAUUACAAUAUUGACAGAAACUACAGGAGCUAUAUUUGUAAACAUAAAUUUCAAUCAAAGUUUUAGUGAAUUUUGCGGCUAUCAGUACGGUUUAUAUCGGCUUAAUAUAAAACCACAACAAAAAUGUUUUAAAAAUAAGAUAUCGCACUAUCCAUAUGUUGACGCGUUUGGCAAUAGACAUUGGAAACUAACUGAGCCAAGAAUAUUUAAAGGUACUGGUGUUGAACCGGGCGAAUCUCCCUGGACUGUACUCAUUAAAUAUUAUGGUUCCACACAAAAUGUUGCCAUUUAUUGUACAGGAGUUUUGAUAGAUAGACAAUGGAUAUUGACUGCCGCCCGGUGCAACUUUGGUGACAUAAAUGACACCCGAUUUCCAGAAAUACGUGUCUUUAUAGGCGAUAGUCAGAACCGAAUGAAAGGUAGGGCACUAAAGAUUAGUCGGCAUAAUGUGUAUCGACACCAGAAGUUUCAGACACAUUACGACUUUAAUGUCAAUGAUAUAGCAUUGUAUAAAUUAGAGGAGAUUUUUUACGGAUGGAUUGAUCCACGACAAGUAUUUAAUGAGAAGCUAGAGUUAGCAACAAUGGCCGGUUGGGGUGAGAUUUUCACUACAAAACAUGUUAAUAAGGAAACCGGUGACAAAACAUAUACAACUCAAUUGGCUCAGUCACUACAGACCAAUGAGUUUAUUAUUAGUCCAAACAGUGAUUGUCCUCAAAACCUAUUGUGUUCGCGACCAUCAUUUCUUCGACCUUUUGGAUGUCAAGGUGAUGUCGGUGCAGGUUUAGUGCAGUUCACAGAUAAAUAUCAAACUCGUGGUGUAUUGAUUGGUAUAUAUUUGGGYUCAUAUGGAGGAGACAAUCAUUGURUGGCUGGUGUUAAAGGAGCCAUUUGGGUACCGGUAGCUAAACAUAUAGAUUGGAUUUUUGAAACUAUAGCCAAACAUUAA